ACGCGAUUCUCAGUCGUCUCUCUCGCAAUAUUUCUCCUUUGAUGGUUUCGAACUCUCGCUUUCCUCUUCCGUUCUUUCUCAGUUUUUGCACGACUUUGACUUCGACUAAGAAUCGCGCAGAAUUAUCCGUGGGCACGUACGUGCAAGAUUUUUUUCUUAACGUCGGGUCAACAAUUGCCUCACAGAUGUACAUGUUUAUACGCCAAUUUGCUAGUUUUACGCCGCAUUGUUCAGUCCCAGGUUUCCUCGAAAAAUAUCGUAUACAAAAAUAAGGUCCCUUUUUGCUACGAAGGCUGAAAAACGUUACCAGGAGACGGGAGAACAACUACCAGAAGUAUCGAUGUGCCCACUAGGUAUUAAAAAAUGGAGUUAUCAUCAGAGAUAUUGGAGAGUUUGGUUAUAGAUGAUAAGGCUGUUAUGGAGGUAUUGAAAGAUGGAAAUGUUAUGGAAGGAGAUAUCAUAUUUGAAUCUGAAAUGAUUACUGAAGAUUCUGAAGAAGCAGAAAUAGAAGAAAUUAUAGAGAUAAUUGAGGAAGUCGAGGAAAGCGAGACACCUCCAAAUGAUGAUACCUCGGAUAAGGACAAGUUGACAGAUUCAAAAGAUAUUGACACAAUUGAAAAGACAAAGAGAAAUGACAGAGCGAUUAGUAAAAACAUAGAGCUUUACAGCUUCGACGAUGAGAAUUCAAUGUUUACCUCGCAAUUCGAAAAAGAACCCACCAAGCAUGUAAAAAAUAGCACAUACAAAAUCACUACAAAACAAGUUAUAAACUAUGAUGUUGAUGAAGAUUGGCAAGAUGAGGAGCUGGAGCGAGUGGAUGAGUUGGAUAAUAAUUCUGAAUUGACUGAUAAUCAUGUGAACUCUUUACGAACGCAGGCUGAUAAAAAGCAUGCAAAUAAUCGGACUAUCUCUCUGCAAUCAAAUAAAGUAGAUUUAAAAAUCCACGUGGAUCCCAUAGGAAAGACGGACAAAUCUCGAAUAGAAUCCCAUGGGAAUAAAGUAAAUGAUAUUGUAGAUGACAGUGAUUCAACUCAAGAGAUAGUGAAAAAUACAGAGAAUAAUCUAUUGUACACUGUGCUAGGAUCAAAGAAGCAAGAUCCUUCCACUAAACAACAACAACAAGAGAAACUCAAUGAUCAUUAUGUUAAAAUGGAACGACUUGAAGCAAAUACUAUACCAGUUGAGGGUACUAUUUACUAUGAAGGAGACAACAUGGAGACAUUGUAUGUAGCACAAGCCAUCGAUGAUAACGAACAAUAUCAGUAUGAUAACGCGACGAUGGAACAAGAUGAACAAAUGUCUUGGGAAGUAGCGAAUUCCGAAACCAAUCAAAAUCAAGAAGAUAAUUCUCAAGAUCAGAUAUUUUUGCACGAGGACGAAGAUGGUCAAUUGUAUUUUAAGGAUGCUAGUGGAACUCUACAACCAGUAUACUUAACUGAGGAUGGAAAUUAUGCAAUUGCUGAAAGUAGUGAUGAUAGUACCAAUAAAGACUCGCAAUCUAAAUCUUAUCAGAAUAAUAGUACAAUCCAAGAGGAAACUUUUAUUCUGCCUGAUAUAGAUUCCAAGCUUACUUCUAAUAAACAGACAACUAGUAGUACAGUAUCAUCGUCAUCGUUUCAAGAUUAUGAUAAUGAAGAUAAUACUGUGACCAUAUCCUUGAUAAUAUCGGAGGAUGAGAAUGGACAAAAGAGAACUCAAGUUAUUAUACCGACAACAGACAAUUUAAAGUGCGACAUCUGUAAUAGAAGCUUUAAAACAUCUUUCCAAUUACUCAGGCAUAAUAGACUAAAACACGCUCGUGAAGAAGAUAUAACUACAAGAAACUUCCCUUGUGAUUCGUGUCCUAAAAGGUAUCCAGAUCAAGGUUCGCUUGCCCGUCAUCGAAAGACUCACACUGGCGAUCGACCGUUUCAGUGCUUGGAAUGCCACAAAAACUUUCCUACAUCCACGGCGCUACGUCGUCACUUGACACUGCAUAAUUCUCAAUCGCGACCACUUCCUUGUAUUUACUGUGGUCGGCGGUUCAUGGAUAAGACCAGUUUAGCAAAACAUGAAGAAUCACAUAUGCCUAAUGAACAACGCAAAUACACAUGCGAUAUAUGCCAAAAGACUUUCCAUCACAUAACUGACUUGAGUAUGCACAAGAAACAUCAUGACCCGGACAAGAAAUUCGAUUGUGAAGUGUGCGGUCGCGAGUUCAAUAGACUGAACAAUCUGCAGAGACAUAUGCUGGUACAUCAACAACAACAGGGAGGAAAUGAGGAAAUACUUUCUUGCGAUGUAUGUGGAAUCACAUACAAAUUUAUGAGUUCAUUAACGAGGCAUAUGGUAACCACACAUAUGAAUCCUGAAAAACUGCGACAACAGGCAGAGGAGCAGCGAAGAAAACGCGAGAACAAUUAUCGGAAAUAUCUAGAAAACCGAAAGAUGUAUGAAACUCAGAAUUAUGGUACAAAACGAAAAUAUAAUUUACUUACCGGAGAAAACGACGAAACAGCUUGACUUAAAUUUUCUUGUAGUUUUUUGACAGUCGUAAAGCAUGACAGUAAGAUUGUAACUUCUAUAAGAAUAAUAACGUAUAUUAUGUUAUUAUCUUUGUAUCAUUGACGUAAUGAUAAAAUAAGCAUUUCAUUUAAUAAGUAUAUCAAUAACAUAUAUUAAUUAAAAAAUACAUGUAGAUGUUUUGAUAUAGUAUUGAUAUAGUAUAUAAGUAUAUAAGUAUAUAAUGAAAUAGUUAAUAGUAUAUGAUGUAGCAAUGUAUUAUACGCCAUAAACAACAUAUACAUACAACUAUACAGAAUAUAUAUACAUGUACACCGCAUACAUAUAUCUGUGUGUGCACAUACAGAUAUAUACAAAAAGAGAGAAAGAUACAAAUAUAUAAGAAUAAGAUUUCUUUUGCAUGCAAAUGACUUAAAAUAAAAUAGUAUCAUCUAUACACAUAAAUGUUUACAGAGUGCCUUAA